GAAAUUAAAAAUUAUACUCAGAAAUGAGACGAAUAGACUUUAAUGCGGUCAGGUGUAUACUACAGAAGAAACAAAGAAGAGCAAGGAAAUCUUCCAGGAAGCUUGGCUUCAAGUCUAAUCCAAACUCUAGGGAAUAUAAGCAAUUUCUUUCAGGAGAUCUGACCUUAAACAACUCUUCUAUAUUGAACUCGCCCAAUAACCUUGAUAAGAGUUUGCCAAGUAUGAGGUACAUUAACCUGACCUCGCCUACAUCCCAAAAGGGAAAUUCCCAAAAACCAAAGUGAAAAUAAGGUGAAGAAUAAACUGGUCAGCCACAACCGAAGGAUAUCAAACAUGAGAGGGAGUUUGUACCACAAUGAUGAUUCCAAGUCAAGGGAUACCUCCAAAUUUCAGGUCUCCAAGAACCUAACGCUAUUUGAUGUUUACAAGAAGUUUGAAAAUUAUAAAGAAAAUUCAAAAUAAUUUCAUUUCUCCCCAAAUUGUCAGGCCACGAACACAGACUUUCAGUGCUCUAGUCUCAAGCAGGAAGGACCUCGAAGCGGCAGAUUACAGUAUCAUUGCUAGUUUAAAAGCUGAGAACGACCUCAUCACCAAAGAACUAGAACAACUAAGAAUAAUAAAUGAAAAACUAAUGUGAAAGAUAGAUAAUUUUGAAAAACACAAGCGUGGCGAAAUGGAAAAUUCCGCCUAUGAGCUCGAGAAAAUUGAUAAAGGGAUGAAGGAAAUCCUGGAAGACUUCUAUGAUGGAAAAUAACAAUGUCUCACAGCAGCAAGCCAAAGCUGAUAAAAGGAUUACCAUCAACCUGCUCAAGUUUUGAUUUGACCAGAUAACUCAGCUCAAGAUUAUAUUUUGUAGUGAUAUAGCUGAAAUCAAGAAAGAUUUCAGUGUCCAAAUCGAAGAACUUUACACCGCUCUAUCUCAGACAGCUACAGACAGUUACCAUAAAAUGCAAGAAUAUGAGCAAAAACUCCAAAAUGCAGGUGAUAGGGAAGCAAACUUGAAGGAGGAGCUCCUUAAUUACCAGCAAAAAUACAAAAGAGAAUGAGAAAAGCACCAAAACAUUUCACUAUUAAAGGACGGUCUUGAACUUGAAAAGCAAAGGUUCCUCAUACUAAUCCCAAAACUAAAGACCUAAGAUCACCGAUUACGAACAGGAGAUUGCUAAAAAUUGGAAGAUA